UAAGAUGAGUGGUGUGGACCUUCAAUUUGUUCAUUCCAAAAACUGAACAUACAGAGAGAAUCAUGGGAAAAUGGCCAUCAGGAAUCCAUUACACUAUCCUUAGUGUAAGUCUGAAUUCCCAUUAUCUUUUUUCGGGUUUCUGGAAUAUAAGAACAUCAAUCAAACUUUUUCUCAGGCAAGAUCUAUACCUUACAACUUCGAAGAAGAACCUGAAUAUCAUUAUUUCAGUUAAGAAAAUUUUGGUAUUUGAGUCAAACACUUUCGAUGCUUGCGUUACACCUAGUGUCCAGAUGGCAGCGUUCUGUCAGGUCUGUCCGCAGAAAUUACCACUCGCAAAAGAAGAUUAGUGAUUACCUAACAAGUGGCUACUUUUUAGAAAUUCUACCCAAUAAAAGUGAAAAACACCUGUUAGACCUUGAAACGACAAAAAGCUUUUCUGUUUAUGCUGGAUUUGAUCCUACAUGUGACAGCCUGCAGUUAGGAAACCUUGUAGCUGUCUGUGGUUUGCUUCGAUGCCACUUAUCUGGCAAAGAUAUUGUUGCAGUUGUUGGUGGAUCUACUGGUAUCUUGGGUGAUCCUAGUGGCAGAAUUAAAAAACGUGAUUAUCAAUCUUUGGGACAGUAUGCCUCCAAUUCCACUCUCAUAGAGCACAGUCUGGAUAAUAUAAUCUAUAAUUACUGGACACACAUUGUCCCUGCUUUACCUAUUUCUGGAAAACUAGGUUCAGUUCAUGUCGUUAACAAUUCCGAUUGGCUUACUCAAAAAAAGGUGAUGGAUGUUUCGUGCGAAGUUUUGCCCCACUUCAAGUUGUCAGAAUUGUUGGAAAAAGAAAGCGUUAAAAUAAGAAUGGAAAGUGGAAAUACUAUGGAUCUUGGGGAAUUUUUUUAUCCAAUUGUACAAGCAAUAGACUUCCUAUACCUACAUGAAAAGUUUAAUUGUUACAUGCAGGUUGGUGGGCACGAUCAGAUCGGCAACAUAACUUGUGGAUUAAACCUCAUCUAUCGCAAACUUGGUCGGCGUGCUUUUGGCUUAACUGUUCCUCUGCUGACUACCCCAGAUGGUCAGAAAUUGGGAAAAUCUGUUUCGAACUCAGAAUGUGGAAUGGAUACUAUAUGGCUAAUGAGUAAAAAACUAAAACCUUACAAUUUCUACCAAAAGAUUUUAAAUUUGCCUGAUAGUAUUAUAUCAGAUAAACUAGUUCGUCAAUUGACCUUCUUUGGACCCGAUGAAAUAGAUCAAUUGUUAAUUGAUCAUAAAAAGCAUUCUAAUCGUCGUAUAGUUCAAAAGGCUCUGGCCAGAGAACUCACUUUACUAGUUCAUGGAGGCCUUAUCACUCAUUAUUAUAUAACUGUCCAUAUAAUAUGUAUUUCAGUGUUAACCGUGUGUAUUUACUUAACAAUCAUUUCUGUCCGAUAUCAGUGUACUUUAGUACUGGCCUUCGGUGAAAUAUUCAGGCUAUACGAUAACGUCUAUGUGUAAUGAUUCAUAAUUUGUGAUAUUUAGUCAACUAGGUUAUCAAGAUUUUGCAUACUGUCUGUUCAGUCUAUCAUUUACUAUAGUUACUUCGCUUAUGCUUUACAAGCUUCAGAACUUGCAACUCGAAUAUUUUUUCCUAUGAGUUCUGUAAAUUUCUCGGAUGAUCACAUGCCGCUCGAUAAAAGCAGUCUGGAAAUAAUUCAAAAUGAACUGAAUAAUUCAGAGCGUCACUACCUCCUUUCAUGCUUGGAACCAUCCUCACAAUUUCUACCAGUUAUUUAUCCCAAAAAUUUCACUGAUUCUCUGAAAAGUUCUGGAAAUAAUUAUAGUCAGCUUUUAGAAAGUGUUUUAGACCUAAUCAUGCUUACCUCAAACUUUAAAGAUCGAUCUGAAGCUUUACAAACAUGUUUCACUAGAGGUGUUGUACUAAAUAGUGUUAACCUUUUAAAGAAGGGCAGUAAAUUUGAAAUAUCACCCGAAAACAUACAAGCAGCAUUUAGCAGAUUUGAUCAAACCACGGGUCUAGGUAUCUUACGACUAGGUAAAAAUGAACAUUGGUUUGUCGCAACCAGAUCAAACUUUACUCAAUAGACUCUCUAAAAUGUAUUGCUGUAAUGUAACGUGUAUGUAUUGUAAUUGUGUACAAAAAAUGUUCAUUGUUAUUUCCGAGAAGUUACAAGUUUCGUUUACCUUUGAUUGUGAUGAUUACAAUUUCUUAAAAAUAAACUUAGUGUGCAUAUGAUUGCAAAUGAAAUAAUCUUAUCAGGAAAGAUUCGAGAAUUUACGUGCUUUGUUGUCUAUGUCCUAACAAGAUACAUAAAAUUUUCUAAAGCUUACUGGUUAUGUCUUAAUUUUAACUUAAUAUAGGGUCGUAAGCAGGUUAUAGACGGUUAUUCGUUGGUCGAAAUCUCAGUUUAAUUUUUAUUACAAAGAAUCAUUGUAUUUUUAGGAAUUAUCUAAUAAAGAAUUUUUAAAUGUUUAUUACUUUCCUACAUGCUCUACAAAUAUACAACAUCUCCCAUCUA